UCUUCUAAGGUGGGCCCCGCAGGGCCACUUCGGAUUUCAGGGUGAAAUUCGGGGCGGGUCCUGUCAUCCGCUAUGUAGCAAAACUCUGUGGAGCAUUUACGUUUUAUUUUGUAUUGUUGGCUGAACGUUUCACGCAUAUAUAAUUAUGGGGUUAUAUAUAUCGAUUUUUAUUUGUGUUAAAAAUCAGGGGCAUGACAAAAUGGCUAGAAUUUCAGAAAAUGGAAAGAGAUGGUUGAGUUGUAUCUUGGCUUUCAGGGUAUUGACAUAUGUUUAAGAGAACCUGAGCCCCUUAUAAAUGACCAAAGUACUGAUCAGGAUGUCGCCAAGCAUAGAGAAUGACAUAUAGAGCCGACAUAAUGACCAAAUUGAUCUUGAAACAGACCAUGUCACCUAUUGUGAGGGGUAGUGUCGCUGAGCAAGAGGCCGCAUUAGAGUAUAUGACUGCUAUCGGCCUUAAAUUCAAGGAGACUGAAAAGGUUGAGAUCCACCUACUGUUAGAUAAGUUGAUAAAGACUAAGUAUGAAGCUUCUGGUAGUGUAAGAGAACACAUUAUGAGUAUCAUGCAUACCACCACUAGACUUCGGGACUUAAAUGUUGCUUUUUCUGAUGCUUUCAUUAUUCAUAUUUGUUUUGAAAAUCUCCCUGCUAGCUUUGUGCCUCUUAGAACAGCUUAUUUUGCUCAAAAGGAGCAGUGGGACUUGAAUGAGUUAAUUGCAAUCUGUGUGCAAGAAGAGGAACUGCUUAAGAGAGACAAGUCUAUUUCUGUGAAUUUAGUCAAUAAACCAAACUGGAAGGGUAAGAACAAGGCUUCAGGGUCUAAUACAGUAGUUGCAAGUGAGGGAACUAGUGGGAACAAAGCAGUGAAACUUGGCCCCAAGAAAUUCAGUGGAAAGGGUAAGAAAUCUGGAAAUUUUAAGUGCUUUUUCUGCAAAAAGGAAGGGCAUAUCAAGAAGAAUUGUAAGGGGUUUAAGGACUGGCUUGUGAAAAAGGGACUUUCUAACAAAGAGGGCCCCAAAGAAAAAUGAGGUGAACAUCUCAGUAGGGAAUGGCAUGGGAGUAGCAGUGAAGGCGAUAGGCACAGUCAAACUGCUUUUAGGAUCUGGUCUUAGCUAUGUUUUGGAAAACGUUUUUUAUAUUCCCUCUAUGAAGAGGAAGUUGAUUUCAGUAGCUUGCUUAGUUAGGAGUGGAUGUACUUUUUCCAUCAACCUUGAAGGAAUA